GCACUUGCAGCGCUAAGGACACGCGUAGCACAGCGAACGGAAACUCGGGAGGCAUUUUAAGAAAAUAAGAUUGUUGCCAACUAACGGUGUUUUCGUAGUGUGUGCGUGUGGGCUUGUUGCCACUGUAUGAGUGUUGUGCUGGCUUAAAGCCAGCGAAAAGCGCAAUGAAAAAUAGUGGCCAAAAAAAGUGGUUACAAGGUGUGCAAAAAGUUUGUAAUGUAAAUACAAGUGGGUUGCAAAAUAUGUGCAGUGUUGUGAUUUAAGAAAUUCAAUUUAAACGCUAUUUAUAGCAUCAAAUUGUGCGAUAACUUUUGUAACAUGUGAUUAAAAGCAUAUUUUUUGUUCUAACGGAGUAUAAAUAGAAAUGUUUUCUAAAAAAAAGGGGCUUCAUAUAAAAACAAAAUGCAGAUUAAGGUUUUAUUAGUUCGUAAUCUUCUGGAUAAGUGUGAAUAAUAAUUGGAUACAAUUAAACGAAGUAUUGAAGUGAAACAAUAUACUUAAAUGCAACCCAUUUAUGGAAUCAAAUUAUUCCUAUUUGAUUUUCGAAGCAAGUUUAAAUAUUUAACUAUAUAAAAUCCAUGUGCGUUUAAACCUCAGAUAAUUUACUUCGACACUUAAACUUAUAUUUAACGAUUGCAAGGUUGACAGUUUUGUGACCAAAGGGCCACAUGCAGUGUUAAACGCAACUCGUCCUUGACCACAGGCCAAAAUUAAAAGUGUGUGUGCAUGUGGCUGACAGUUCAAAGAACAUAAAAAGGAAAGCUCCUUGGAAAACGCGCCACAAAAGAGGAUCAACUGAAAGCACAGCAUUUACGAAGAAAUUAAGAGUCACCUUCCGGAAGAAAUCCGUCGAGCUCAAUGGUUUCUAUGGCACCGCGUUAUUAAAUGUGGCAUAAGUGCAGCGGGAUCAUUACGGAAACCACCCUCUAUCCUGAUUACAGACUGCAAAAUGUCGGAGAUUGUCGACACCGAGCUGCUGGUCAACUGCACCAUCCUCGCCGUCCGUCGAUUCGAGCUGAAUAGCAUUGUGAACACCACGCUCCUGGGCAGUCUCAACAGAACCGAGGUGGUCAGCCUCUUGUCGAGCAUUAUCGACAAUCGGGAUAAUCUCGAGAGCAUCAAUGAGGCCAAAGACUUUCUGACCGAGUGCCUGUUUCCAUCGCCGACAAGACCGUACGAGUUGCCAUGGGAGCAGAAAACGAUUUGGGCUAUAAUUUUCGGUCUGAUGAUGUUUGUGGCCAUUGCUGGCAAUGGUAUUGUUCUCUGGAUCGUUACAGGACAUCGCAGCAUGAGGACGGUCACAAAUUACUUCCUGCUGAACUUGAGCAUCGCCGACCUGCUGAUGUCGUCGCUGAACUGCGUCUUCAACUUUAUAUUCAUGCUGAACUCAGAUUGGCCAUUCGGUUCGAUUUAUUGCACAAUCAACAAUUUCGUGGCCAACGUCACGGUCUCUACGUCGGUCUUCACGCUCGUGGCCAUAAGUUUCGAUAGAUACAUCGCCAUUGUGCAUCCGCUGAAACGCCGCACGUCGCGUCGGAAGGUGCGCAUCAUCCUGGUCCUGAUCUGGGCACUCAGCUGUGUGCUGUCGGCGCCAUGUCUGCUCUACUCCAGCAUCAUGACCAAGCACUAUUACAAUGGAAAAUCGAGGACAGUCUGCUUCAUGAUGUGGCCAGAUGGACGAUAUCCCACUUCUAUGGCGGAUUAUGCAUACAACCUGAUCAUCCUGGUACUGACCUACGGCAUUCCCAUGAUUGUGAUGCUCAUAUGCUACUCUCUCAUGGGUCGUGUCCUGUGGGGCAGUAGAUCAAUCGGCGAGAACACGGAUCGCCAGAUGGAGUCGAUGAAGUCGAAGCGGAAGGUGGUGCGCAUGUUUAUUGCCAUCGUGUCCAUCUUUGCCAUUUGCUGGCUGCCGUAUCACCUGUUCUUCAUCUACGCCUACCACAACAACCAGGUGGCAUCCACGAAGUACGUGCAACAUAUGUAUCUCGGUUUCUACUGGCUGGCCAUGUCCAAUGCUAUGGUCAAUCCGCUCAUUUACUACUGGAUGAAUAAGAGGUUCCGGAUGUACUUCCAGCGGAUCAUCUGCUGCUGUUGCGUGGGCCUCACCCGCCAUCGAUUCGACUCGCCGAAGAGCCGGUUGACGAACAAGAACAGCUCGAACCGGCACACAAGAGGUGGGUACACCGUCGCCCACUCGCUCCCCAACUCCUCCCCCCCGACCACCCAAACUCUUUUGGCCGUCCUGGCCCAGACUCUGACUCAGCCUAAGCCUCAGACCCAGUUGCUCUUGUCCCACCACUCACCACAUCCCACGCAACCUUCCGCAGCGGAGACCAAGAGUCAGUGGAAGCGCAGCACGAUGGAGACGCAGAUCCAGCAGGCGCCGGUCACCAGCUCUUGCCGGGAGCAGCGGAGUGCACAGCAGCAGCAGCCACCCGGAAGUGGAACCAAUCGGGCAGCCGUCGAGUGUAUUAUGGAACGGCCGGCGGAUGGAUCCAGUUCGCCGCUGUGCCUUUCGAUCAACAACAGCAUCGGUGAGCGGCAGCGCGUGAAAAUCAAAUACAUCUCCUGUGACGAGGACAAUAAUCCCGUGGAGCUCAGUCCCAAGCAGAUGUGAUGUUAUCCCGAUCUGUCCUGCCACUGGAACAGAUUGUGAAUCCUCCUGGCCUUCGCCUCGUUUCGCUGCGGGGGAAAUGCAAUUUGCCACUGCUUGCUCUACUCUGUACAUAUACUCACAUUCACAAAGAGAUGAAACAUGUUUGCAUUGCAGGGUGGGUCGAUUUAAAGUGGGAACUUUAAGUACUUAAUAUUAACUAUUAAAUCGUUAGCCUCUGUGCUUAGUUAUGCAAAGUAGUUUCGUUUCCAAUGAAUUAUUAUUAUUCCCCCCUUCGAACUUUAUCUGUCCGCUAUAUACAUUUCAUAUUUCACUUAAAGUUCUUUUGCACUUCUGUAAAUCGAGCCACCCGAAUGUGAAGUCGAAGUCGAAUUUCCGGUUGUCAAAAGAAAAUACUUCAGCAAGAAGGAAAAACUUACCAAUAAAUUGAAUUUGUAUGUAUUUGUAUAGAAGAAUCUAUCGACACUUUAACCAUCGAAGAGCUGUAAGUUUUAACUGUUGUAAACAUCUAGGCUAAGCCAAGUUUGUAAAUACAUUCUGUGUAUAACUGAUGCAAAUGUAUCUGCGUAUAUGUUGUGCUAUUUGAGUAAAAGAAUUAUACGAGUCAUG